GCGGAGCGUCCGCGAGGCAUUGGGGCGACGGGGCGGGUGUAUCCGGGCUAACUUUACCGAGUCUGUUUUUGAGGGAAGAGGUUGUGAGGACCGUAUCUUCCGGGACGCGUUUCACGUGGGAAGGCGCUCCACGCCUGGAACUGUCAGCAGCCGGCGCGUGAAGAGCUCCUGCUGCGGGCGGGCGCGGGGCCUCUGGCCUGGCAGCCGCAAGACCCAGUGGGUCAGGCGCUCACGCUGUUCCCACUGCACGGCUUCAGUGCCUUGCCUGGCACGUCCUAUCCUGUAACUGGCCGACUCGGGGUCCCACCCGGGCUUCUCCAACGGCCGGGAAGGGGCUCUGCUUCCGGAAGUAUUUAGGAAGGGAGCCAGCGUAAAGCAGGAGUCCCUUCCUCCAAGCAUCGCUAAAGCCUUUUCUCACGUGGCACCCUUUUCUUCGGAAAGGACGUCAGUUUUUUAGCUUGUUGUAACUCUUCAGAGAUGCGGUCUUGUGGGCAAAUAAAUGCCUGUUUAGCUGAGCUGUUAUUUUCAGCUAAGAAUUUCUUCAAGUUUUUCAAGAUCUAGGAGGGGGUGUAGGCUCGAAUUAUAAUGGACCCAGUGUAGCAAAACAUUUAUUCAACAGUUGUGCAUGCUCAUUCAGACGCACUACCUGAGUGAGAUGAUGCCGUUCUAGGCUGCUUCAUCUUAAAGAGAGUCACUGUUUCUUCUGGCAACUUCUACCUGCCUUGGCUAUUGAGGUUUGUGAAUUGCACCUCUGGUUUAAUUUCAGGUCGAUGGCCAGGUGGUCUUUGUAAACUAUACCGCCUUGUGAUGCCUCCCUAGAAAUGAGAGGUCUCAGCACCAGCUCAGACCAUGUGGACCGCGGAUGAGAUUGCUCAGCUAUGCUAUGAACACUAUGGGAUCAGGCUGCCCAAGAAGGGGAAGCCUGAGCCAAACCAUGAGUGGACAUUAUUGGCAGCCGUGGUGAAGAUACAAUCUCCAGCUGACAAGGCCUGCGACACCCUUGAUAAGCCGGUGCAAGUGACAAAAGAAGUUGUAUCAAUGGGAACAGGAACAAAAUGCAUAGGCCAGUCCAAAAUGAGGAAGAGCGGAGACAUCCUCAAUGAUAGCCAUGCUGAGGUCAUAGCCAGAAGGAGUUUCCAAAGGUACCUUCUCCACCAACUCCAGUUGGCAGCCACCCUGAAAGAGGAUAGCAUCUUUGUCCCAGGAACUCAAAAAGGAGUGUGGAAACUUAGACGAGACCUCAUUUUUGUGUUUUUCUCCAGCCAUACACCAUGUGGGGAUGCCUCCAUCAUUCCGAUGCUUGAGUUUGAAGAUCAGCCUUGCUGUCCUGUCUUCAGAAAUUGGGCCAACAACUCAUCAGUAGAAGCCAGUAGUAACCUGGAAGCUCCUGGAAAUGAAAGAAAAUGUGAAGACCCUGACAGUCCUGUAACCAAAAAGAUGAGACUUGAGCCUGGGACUACGGCCGGGGUGGUCACCAACGGAGCAGCUCACCAUCAGAGUUUUGGCAAGCAGAAAAGUGGCCCAAUCUCACCAGGCAACAGCUGUGAUCUCACUGUAGGGGGACUGGCUGCUGUCACUAGAAUAGCCCCUGGUAGUGCCAAAGUGAUAGACGUUUAUAGAACUGGAGCCAAGUGUGUACCUGGAGAAGCUGGAGACUCCCGGAAGCCUGGUGCUGCUUUUCACCAGGUGGGGCUGCUCCGAGUGAAGCCAGGCCGUGGAGACAGAACACGCUCCAUGUCCUGCAGUGACAAGAUGGCCCGAUGGAACAUCCUUGGAUGCCAAGGGGCACUGUUGAUGCACUUCCUAGAAGAGCCCAUCUACCUGUCAGCUGUGGUCAUUGGAAAGUGCCCAUAUAGCCAGGAAGCCAUGCAGAGAGCACUGAUUGGAAGGUGUCAGAAUGUAUCUGCUUUACCAAAAGGCUUCGGAGUUCAAGAACUAAAAAUACUGCAGUCAGAUUUACUAUUUGAACAGAGCCGCUGUGCAGUGCAGGCAAAAAGGGCUGACAGCCCAGGUCGACUUGUUCCUUGUGGGGCAGCCAUCAGCUGGAGUGCAGUUCCUGAGCAGCCUUUGGAUGUUACUGCCAAUGGCUUUCCACAGGGAACAACAAAGAAAACAAUUGGAAGCCUUCAGGCAAGAUCCCAAAUCAGCAAAGUGGAACUCUUCAGAUCAUUCCAGAAGCUGCUAAGCAGAAUUGCAAGGGACGAGUGGCCACACUCCCUCAGACGGGUGUGUUGCUGUGUUGCCCAGGCUAGUAUCGAAUGCUUGAGCUCAAACGAUCUUCCCACCUUGGCCUCCCACAGUGCUGGGAUUACAGGCAUGAGCCACCACAUCAGGCCACCUAAAACCUGUAUUUUAAAACACUCCCCCAGUGGUGUCGCACAGACAGCACUUAAUCCUCCCAGCAAUGAUGUAUGGCAGUGUGUGCCAGGUGUUGCCAAUUAUAGAAGCUCACUGAGCCUUGGAUGCCGCUAACGUCGCAUGAUGCACAGGACAACUGCCCUGUCCCCACCCCCACUCCCUACAAAGAAUUAUCUGGCUCAAAAUGUCAGUCGUGCUGAGGUUAAGAAACCCUGCUUCUAACAAUUGUCUUUUAAAGUCACUUGAAAUAGUUCCUCUCUAGUUAUUGCUGCAAAUCUGUACAUAAUUUUACUUUCAGUUUUUAGGGAUGCCUUUUUAAAAAUUAUGUAAAAUGUUUGUAUGAUUCCAAAGUUGAAACUAGUUUGGUUUUGUUUUUUAUUUUUUUAAUUCUAUUUUAUUUAUUUUUUUUUGGGACGGAGUCUUGCUGUCGCCCAGGCUAGAGUGCAGUGGCACGAUCUCAGCUCACUGCAAGCCCCGCCUCCUGGGUUCACACCAUUCUCCUGCCUCAGCCUCCCAAGUAGCUGAGACUACAGGCGCCUGCCACCACACCUAGCUAAUUUUUUGUAUUUUUAGUAGAGACGGGGUUUCACCGUGUUAGCCAGGAUGGUCUCGAUCUCCUGACCACGUGAUCUGCCCGCCUCGGCCUCCCAAAGGGCUGGGAUUACAGACGUGAGCCACUGCGCCUGGCCCCUUUGUUUGUUUUUUAAAAAAGAGAGACGGGGUCUCACUGUGUUGGCCAGAUUGAUCUUUAAUUCCUGGCCUCAAACGAUCCUCCCAUCUUGGCCUCCCAUAGUGCUAGGAUUACAGGCAUGAGCCACCACACCUGGCUAGAACUAGUUUUCUUUGAAGAAAGGUACAUUCAGAGAGGUCUUUCAUCCUUGUCCCCUCCCUGGUUUUUUCUUCCCUCUAGCAGUAGUCAUAAAUCCAUAUCAUAUAUACAACAAUUUGUAUUUUUGCCACUGUAUCUUUUGGAUAGUCUUAGAAGUGGGAUUAUUGGGUCAAAGAUUAAAUAAACAUAUAAUUUUGCUUGUUUUAAGUAUCUUCUAAGUUCUAUUUCUAAAUACAAUGAAUCCAAAGAAAGCAAAGCACAGAACAGCAUUACAACCAUGCCAUUUAUAUUAAAAAAGCAUGAAAGAGGCCGGGCGCAGUGGCUCAUGCCUAUAAUCCCAGCACUUUGGGAGGCCGAGGCAGGCGGAUCACCUGAGGUUGGGAGUUCAAGACCAGCCUGACCAACAUGGAGAAAUCUCGUCUCUACUAAAAAUAAUUAGCUGGGCAUAGUGGCGCAUUCCUGUAAUCCCAUGCCUGACUCGGGAGGCUGAGUCAGGAAAAUCGCUUGAACCCUAGAGGUGGAGGUUGCGGUGAGCCGAGAUCAGACCAUUGCACUCCAGCCUGGGCAACAAGAGCAAAACUCUGUCUCAAAAAAAAAAAAAAAAAGCAUGAAAGAUAUGUAACUGUUUAGCUUGUAUAUACUAAAGUAUCUCUGAAUCGACUUACAAGAAACCAGUCAUCAAACAGGAAAAAGGAUGGCUGGGGUCCAAGGAGUGGGAGAGAGACUUUUUACUGAAUACCCUUUUAAAAUUUUGAACCAUGUUAAUAUAUGCCUAUUUUUUUAAUAAAUUUUUUAAAUGAAGUAAAAA